UAAGUCGAUCCCUCCUCUCUCGAAACCCUCACCUCUUCAACUAUCCCAUGAUGUUUCGCAGUGCUUUCCGGUCGCCCCUCGUUUCAUUUGCGCGCACAGCGCCCAUGACGGUGUCGAGGGCCCCCUCCUCGCUCCUCUUCCGCCGCAUGCUCUCCGAUGAGGCUCGCAUGCAAAUUCAAAAGGCCGUGGACUCGUCGCCGCUCGUCCUGUUUAUGAAGGGCACACCAGCGGCCCCACAGUGCGGGUUUUCGCGAGCGGUGAUUCAGGUGCUGGAUCUACACGGCGUACCCCCAGAGAAGAUGCAGACGUACAAUGUCCUGGAAGAUUCGGAGUUGCGGAGUGGGAUCAAGGAUUUCUCUGACUGGCCCACCGUACCACAGCUCUAUGUUAAGUCCGAGUUCAUUGGAGGCUGCGAUAUCGUUCUAGGCAUGCAUCAGUCGGGGGAACUCGAGGAACUUCUCCAGAAGAACGAUGUCAUUCCUAAGAGCUCCGAGUCUGAGGCUGAGCCCUCUGCACAACCAGCCUCUUCAUGAAUGGCAUCUAGUCAUGAUCUUUGCACAUGCGCAGCUAGAUGCAAAUGUAUCUAUAUCUCGCCCUUCUUCAAUACACGUCAGUCAUUCCAAUCAGGGACUCAUCAGCUCAUACAUGGUAGAAUUUUUAUCUUGAGUCAUUUUCUACUUGACGAGCACGCUG